CGGGAUUUUAAAUGUUUCAAGGCCUCGACCUUCAGUCCGUUAAGAUUCAUUAGGUAGUUGUAUUCUCCUCUGUUGGCAGCUGAAGUGGUACCAUAAAAGUCAUUAGUAAGAUGGUUCACAAUAUUUCUGCUAUAAGUAACAGAGGAUCGGCAGGUUUUUGGGUUCAAGUUUUAUUUGAUUGCUUGUUAUUUAUUGGUGUGCAUACCUGGCCUUUGAACAACUCAGGGUAAUGUGGAGCAGAACUAAGGUUGCGCAAAUGUGAUCUAGUACAUCCCAAGGGCUACCUGCGAACUUCCAAAGCGCAAUGAGUUACUGACCACCAAAAUCUGCAAACACUCGAAAGCUCGCCCUAAGUUUCCGAAGUUUUAUAAGCCCACUGAUGGUACUUUGUGCGAUUUUCCUAAAGUCUCCGAGGUGUUAACGAAGAGUUUAUUGGCUGAGCAUGUUUCAAACUGACCUGUGCAUUCCAUAAGUAGUCGUUGGCAUCAAUGAAUAUCUUUUGAUGAAAUGAGUUUUAAAAUGAAGAUGUAUCAUUAGUGAGUUGAAAGUUUUUAAGAUGAAUAGUACUCGAGGAUGAUUAUCAUCUCAUAUUUAGCAGACAAUUUUCGAUGUCAAAUCAUUGAGUGGAGUACCGGUUCCGUAAGGAAUUCUUUAAUUCGCUCUAUGAUCAUAGUGGUCAACUGAUGGAACUGGAUUCUGGGAUAAGUGGUGGAAGACCCUUCGGUGAGCCCAUUCAUUUGAAUUUUGAAUAUGCAAAAAGAUAACUGAAGCAAGAUUUGGAUGGUCUAAUAGUCUACCAUCUUCCCACUGAAUGGGGAGAUACGCAACGUUCUGCCCAAUAUUGGGGGUGUCAACCCUGCAUUAUUCUUCACUGGACUCUGUGCUUAGUUUCUGUCCUCUCCUCUGCUCAUUUGUGUUGUCUGCUUUGGUUACUUUUCUGCUUCCACCGUCGUUUGUUCUGGAGUAAGGAGUGUGACAGCUGGAACUGUAGGGCUUUCAUGUACGAUUCUUUUUGAUUCUUUCUCUCUAGGUACAAAACGGAUUGUUUAUGUAGCCUAAAAUAACUGCACAUGUUGUUCGUGAUUUUGCUUACAUGCCUAUCUCUUCAUAAAGCAUAAAAAACACCUCUCACCGUAGCAAAAAUGGAUCGAAACAACGAAAUAGUUGGGUUUCCUAUUUCUUUGUGUAAUGUUCAAGCAGACAUAUUACAAGCCUUUUUUGAAUGCCAAAUCCGAGGACUUCGUCAUAGUUGUAAAUGGCUUACAGAUUUACUCUGGUCUAUCAAUCUUCCCAUCAUAUCGGCUCCAGAUAGUGUUUUUGCCUCAAGUAAUGUUUAUCGGAAUAUUCCACCUGACAAAUUGACCACAUUUCUGCUUGCUCGUAGUUCCUUUGAUACUCAAGAGUAUGAUCAUUGCGCCGAAAUACUGUCGCAUAAUUUUGAGAAAUCUAUCCAUGAUAAUCCAAAGUGUUUUAUUGAAAAAUAUGGUCACGUGUAUUAUUUCUUGUAUAUAUAUGCACGCUAUAUGGCAUGUGAAAAGCGUCGAGCUAAUGAUGGAGUUGAGUCACGAUUUGUGUUAAAACAAGAUGAUGAGGCUAAAUCAUCAUUUAUGUCUGUCGCCAGAUGCAAUAAGGAGCUUUUAUCAUUGAAAUGUGAAAUAGAACCAUAUACAAAUGAAGUCAACUAUAAGAAUGAAAGGAAAACUGAUACGACUGGCAAUUCUUUUCUCCUAUAUGUUCACGCUUUAGUUUGUCUACGAUUGGGAAUGAAAGAAACAGCUGUGACACUACUGGUUCAAGCAAUCAAUUUCAAUCCUUAUUUAUGGCCUGCUUGGUUUGAGUUAGUUGAUCUCAUCGAUAAUAAAGAAAAGAUGAAUGGCCUAAAUCUCCCGUCUGGUGAUGAAUGCUGGAUGAGAUAUUUUUUUGAGGCUAAGGUAUUUUUGAGAUUGCAUGAAGGUGAAAGAGCUUUGGAAAUUCUGCUGAAGCUCUCAGAAAGUGGAUUUAGCAGAAGCUACAAUUUACAGGCAGAAAUCGGUUUAGCAUACGAUGAAUUACGUGCUAUGGAAUUGGCUAGAAAGCAGUUUAAACAGGUAAAAUUACGUCUAUAAUAUAACCAUACUUGUGAGAUAUAUAGAAUUUUUUGCACUAAGCAAUUUCGAUACAGAAUAAACCACUUAUUUCAUAGCAAUAUAGACGUAUUCUGUAUACCGUAAUUUAUAAUUAAGAGCAAUAUUUUUUUUCAUUGUUUGUAAUUUCCCGUCGUUGAUUGGACCGAAUUGAUAGAUCUCCAUUGGCAUAUGGGCUUCUAUGCGGAUUCCAUUGCUAGCCACUGUCCAUCACUACUACUACAGGCAAUAUCGGGGUAUUUGUGCAAGAACCUAAGUGACAAUAGGGAACUAACAAUUUGGUCUAAUCAACGACGUGAAAUUACAAGGAAUAACAUAAAAACUAUGCCCGUUACUCAAGGAGUGACUAUCGGGACUCAGUG